AUGGCCGAUCAGCAUCCGGAUCUCGAUCCAGCUCCGGCCAUCGACGCCUAUAACUACCUCGAUCUUGUCCUGCACCCAGACGGCACGGUCACGCGCGGCUGCAGCUUCGACAUAGUAAAUAGCCCCGCCAACCCCAACCCCGACCGGCCCUCCGCUGUCCGCACCAAGGACGUCCCGGUCGACCUGGCCCACAACACCUGGGCCCGGAUCUACGUGCCUAGCCUGUCACCCCCGCCUGACCAGAGACUGCCCCUCAUCGUAUAUUACCACGGCGGCGGUUUCGUAUACUCCUCCCCGGCCCACGAGAUAUACCACGAUUUCUGCUCCCUCAUGGCGACCAAGCUUCGCGCCAUCGUCGUCUCCCCCAGUUACCGCCUCGCGCCGGAGCACCGCCUCCCUGCGGCCUAUGAUGACGCCAUGGAGGCCCUCCGCUGGGUCAGGACCACCGAGGAGGAGUGGCUUCGCGAGGGCGUUGACUUCUCGCGGUGCUACCUGAUGGGCACGAGCGCGGGGGGGAACAUCGCGUACCACGUGGGCCUCCAUGCGUGUGCCACCGUGGCCGAUCUAGAGCCUUUGGUGAUCAGAGCCCUGAUCUUGCACCACCCCUUCUUCGGCGGACUCCAGAGGACGGAGUCAGAAGUUAGGCUGUUCAACAACCCAACCCUGCCGAUGAACGUGGCGGACCUAUGCUGGGAGCUGGUGCUGCCGGCCGGCGCCGGCCGGGACCACCAGUAUUGCAACCCGAUGGCUGGGGAGAGGCUGGGGGAGUGGGAGAGGAUGAGAACGAUGGGGUGGCGGGUGGUGGUGGUGGGUGGCGGCCGAGAUCCAACGAUAGAUCGGCAGAGGGAGUUGGCAGCACAGCUGGAGGCGAACGGCAUGGAAGUGGUUGGCCUUUUCGGCGACGGAAGCAAUUAUCAUCAAGAGGAGUUACUGGAGCUGGCUAAGGCGGAGCUGCUGCUCGAGAAACUGAAAGAUAUCCUUCGUGGGGGCGCCUUGGCUAUUCCGGCAGCCGGGGACGGGAAGAUAAACUGCGGUCAAAAACGGAUGCGAUCUACUGAAUGA